CCCCCGCCGCCGCCGCCGCCGCCCGCGCCCCCCGCCGGCCUGCCCGGGCUGCCGGGUCCCCCGGGCAGGGCGUCGGCGCCCCAGGGCCUGCUCAGCCCGGCGCCCGGCCCCGCGCCCGCCAGCCUGGGCCUCGGCCUGGGACUCGGGCUGGACGGGCAGCGCCAGAGAAGGCGAGUCGCCUCCCAGCGCUGUUCUCUUGAGUUCCUGGAAGACGCUGUGGGAUGUGCCUCGGUUCAAAGAACCAAGCACAUUUCCGGAUCCCCAAGACACAAAGGCUUGAAGAAGACCCACUUCAUCAAGAACAUGAGGCAGUAUGACACCAGGAACAGCAGGAUCGUGCUCAUCUGUGCCAAGCGGUCCCUAUGUGCGGCCUUCUCGGUCCUGCCCUACGGAGAAGGCCUGCGGCUCAGUGACCUGAGGGUGGACAGCCAGAAGCAGAGGCACCCGUCCGGCGGCGUCUCCGUGUCUUCUGAGAUGGUCUUUGAGUUGGAGGGCGUUGAGCUGGGAGCAGACGGGAAGGUGGUGUCUUACGCCAAGUUCUUGUACCCUACCAACGCCCUGGUCACACACAAGACAGACGGCCACGGCCCGCCACCCCAGCCCCGGCCCAGCAUCCCCCGCGCUCUGCCAGGCUCAAGAUACAAACCGGCCCCGGCCAAGUCAGUGCCAGCUGGCACGGAACUAGGCGGCGACGCUGGGGACGUGCUGGACUACAAUCCCGACCUGCUGGACGACCCGCAGUGGCCCUGCGGCAAGCACAAGAGGGUCCUCAUCUUCGCCUCUUACAUGACCACGGUGAUAGAGUACGUGAAGCCCUCUGACCUCAAGAAGGACAUGAACGAGACCUUCCGCGAGAAGUUCCCGCAUAUCAAACUGACCCUGAGCAAGAUCCGGAGCUUGAAGCGCGAGAUGCGGAACCUUUCUGAGGAGUGCAGCCUGGAGCCUGUGACCGUGUCCAUGGCGUACGUGUACUUCGAGAAGCUGGUCCUGCAGGGCAAACUCAACAAGCAGAACCGCAAGCUGUGCGCCGGCGCGUGCGUGCUCCUCGCCGCCAAGAUCAGCAGCGACCUGCGCAGGGGCGAGGUGAAGCAGCUCAUCGACAAGCUGGAAGAAAGGUUCCGAUUCAACAGACGGGAUCUCAUUGGGUUCGAGUUCACGGUGCUGGUGGCCUUGGAACUCGCGCUCUACCUCCCCGAGAGCCAGGUGUUACCUCAUUACCGACGCCUCACGCAGCAGUUCUAGUCAAGGCCGGCCCCACUGCCCACACAGCCCCGGUGCAGGCAC